UCUUUCUAGUUUCUACGUUGAUUUGCACUCUUUUAUUCCGGGAAAAAUACGAAGAUCAAACUCAGACCUCUCUACUUCCUCGAUUCACUCCAUGUAUCGACGAUUUACACAGCAUUUGGCGCCUUUGUUCAUUAUUUAUUUCGGGAAGGUGCAAUUAGACGGACGCAGUUUUGUGAUUUACUCGAAAUGGGAAGUGCACACAAGCUGCUCGACAGAAGUCCCCAAUGGAUAUAUCAGGAGAAGAGUUAUUCCAAAAGACGCCACGUGGUUCCCUGCUGGUUCGGUCUCUAUUGUCACGUGGACCUCACGUGAUAAAGAUCCCAAGAGAGGUUCAACCUUUUUGCUGUUAUAUUGUUUUUCCCUCGCGAAGAAAGUUACCUUCUACCUGAAGCAAAAAAAAAACCCUAAGAAACCUUGAGAGAGAGAGAGAGAGAGAGAGAGAAUCGUUUCCGCUACUCUCUUCUUCUCCACCAUGGAUUCUUCCUUCCUCCAAAUCGCUGAGGAGGAUGAGCGGCUCCACAACAUCGCAAAAGAUCACUUCGCUAAAGGAAACCACACGAAGGCCCUGGAGGUACUCGAAGAUGCGUACUCAAGGCGUGGGAAAGAUUACAGUCCAGGAAUGUUCCAUUACCUUCAAGGUUCCAUCUUGUACCAUCUAGCGAAGAGAGAAGAGGACAGUGACAUGAAGUUCACGUUUUUCUUGGGUUGUGUUGAACCUUUCAAUCAAGAUUUGGGGAUGCACGACUUCGCUGCUAGUUCACUGUUCGAGAUCGCCAAACAGCUUGAUUCGGCAUUGUAUUACAAGAAGGCUGCGAAAGAAGCAGAAGUAAGUUUAUCUCUUUUUGAACCUUGUGGUGAAAUGGACUCGGCCGAUCUAAAAACAAAAGCUACGCUUGAGACUAUACUCAAGAAGGCAGAGUUAAGGAUCCUCCAUGGUUGUACUGGAAAAAGCUCCAAGCCAGCACUUGAGGGGUCGAAAGAAGUUCAAGACACGAUGAGGAGUGUCUCCACUACCGCUGCAGAUCAAAGAUUGAGGUCGCAUUGGGCGAGUAUGAGUGCUGAGGCUAAAAAAAACUUUAUGAAAGUAAGCAUUUCGAAGCUUAGAGGUUAUGUUGAGAGCUUAUAUGGCGAAGAGGGGCAAGACGCUUUGGAGGAAGUUCUGGUUUCUGCAAGUACGAACAAGAAAUGGAGAUUCUGGAUGUGUCGAACUUGCUCACAGAGAUUCUUUUAUGUUAAGAAGUUCAGGAAUCAUCUUGAACAAGAGCAUGGUGCAAAAUUUAAACCUGCUAUGACAAAGCAUAUGCCUCAGCUGGUAGAUGAAGUGUGGGCUGGUAUGAUACUCGUUGGAGAUUGGGAACCAGUGGAUGCAGUAGCUGCCACUGAAAUGAUCAAGAAUCGGCUAGAGUUUGUGAAGGGGUUUGUAUAUGAGGAAGGAUGGUCUAAGGACUGGCCUUUAGCUGCAGAUGAAAAGCGCAGUAAGUUACUCAAGGAAAUCAAAUUGCUUCUUGUGUUACUUUGGGAGCGUAAGGUUCUUUCUUUUACCACUCUAGAAUGGUUGAUGGAGUUUCCGAUUCUUGCACAAUUUGAAGUUUCCGAGUCUCUUAUAACCGAGUGUGGCCUAGUGAAAACACCUCAGCGUAUCUGCUUUUGGGACUGUCAUGAACUCAAACGAUUUGUAGAUCUUCUCAAACUCAUCAAGUUUGAAAGGGAUGAUGGCACAGAUCUGGUUUGCAGAGCAGUGGAGAGAUUAUGUGGUCGUACUAGAGUACAAGAAAAGAUCGAGUUUGACGAUCAGUUUUCUUCUAUGCUUCUGGAUAGAAGACUGCUGAAAGGCAAGAUUGCUCCAUUCGAUGAUGAAGGGACAGUAGAUGUUUGUAAGAAUGACUACUACGCCAAGACACAACCUCAGGGCGACGAUAUCAUAACCUGGUUACUUGACCAUCCUUUGACAGAUGGGAGCUUUGAGUUUCCCAGGUCUGUCAGGGCACACAAUCUUGAUAUGUGUGUGGCGAUUCUGAGAGCCAUUCACUACACCUGUAGGGAUUGGGGAACCAAAUAUGUAAUGAAGUUGGAGUACUUGUGUUAUUAUAAACUUCUUACUGACGCCAAAAACUUGUGUACGAGCGAAGAUGAAAGGAGAAGGAUUGCUCCGGAAGGUGAAGGGGACGUCGCAUAUGCAUCUCUUCUAGGUGACAGGUGUGAAGAGUUAAAAACAGACAAAGGAGAGGCUCCCAACGGAGUACAAUUCGUGUUUGCAGUACGAGAUAUUCUCGAAGGAGCAUCGCAGCCCACAUUCGAUUUCGACGAUCUACAAGCUUCCCUGGAUCUUAUACACGGGCUUCGAGAUCUCAGUGAUAAUAAGGUGUUAAAGUCCAUAGACCGUCUGAUAUUUGUGGUCACCAACAAGGUUCAACUAGCCGAUUCAAAGAUUUUACUGAUUGAAAAUUCAAGGAUUAGUUUGCUAAACGGACUCACCAGACUUUCUGCUUUUGACUACCGGUCUUAUAUCCGUAACCUGCUCAAACGGUUCAUGGGGGAAGAGUUAAAUGAAAUGAUAAAAAUGGACGCCAUAGCCAAGGUAGCUGCAGCAGAAGCAGAUCUUUUGUCCAGUGAAAACCAAGAGAAGGAGAAGAAAUCAGGGUCAAAGAAGAAGAAACGUAAAAACAUCAAGAAAACUUCAACGAGCACGUCUACUGAUAUCGAGCAGAAUGUCAAACCUGAAUCCUCUCCACCACUAAAACCCGUGGAAGAAGACUGUGUGGAACCAGACGAUACCCUUUCAGGUGAACGGGGUCGAUUGGAUAUUUCAGUCAACACUGACAAUCAAGAGGAAGCUGCUGAAGAUAUGCAAGAUGUGCCUGGAGAAGAUUUACUGUCGAAACAGAUGGAGUCACCACAUGUUGCAGCUGCAACCAGAUGCAAUUUAGCUCUUGACAUGACACUGAAGGCCAUUUGUAAAAUUAAGGUUCUUAAGGAGUAUCUGGUGCGCAAUCGGCAUCAAUUUGCUGACAUCCAGGAAGGACAAGUUCCUUAUGCAUUACGAGAUUUCUUCACCGCUUUUGCCUCGAAGACGAUAGAAGAAGGAAUGUACAGCUACCUCCUGCGAAACGUACUUGCGUCCCUAGAAGAAGUUCAUUCAAUGUCAAGGGAUGCAGCUGAGCUACUCGUAUCCAUCCUUGAGUUUUGGCCUUGCUGGAAAACUCCAGAUAUAGAAAGCUGCGUAACUCAUAUUUUUACACUGGAAGAAUAUGAAAGAAUGAGUUGUUGCAAAUGCAGAAAAAAUCCAAAUUAUCCGGAGCAAAGUUCUUAUGGCGUUGUUGUGGCUGCAGAUUCAAUCAGAGACCUGAAGUGUGCUUUUGGGAAGAUGAAGCUUGAGGACAUCCUUAAGUUGAUCCGCAUGGAAGAUAAAAUGCUAUGUGACGCUAAGACAGAAGGUUGUGGAAAGGCAAACUUUGUUCAUCACGUUAUAAGUAGAUGCCCGCCUAUCUUCAUAAUCGUGUUGAUAUGGGAGAAGAACGAAACUGCAAAUGAAAUUCACGAGACAACAAAGGCUUUGGACUGGGAGAUAGAUAUCAGCAGGCUAUACGAAGGCUUGGAACCAGACACAAAGUACCGGCUCGUGUCAAUGGUUGGUUGCGGUGAAGAAGAAGAAUACAUCUGCCUAUCUUUUAAAAAGAACCGGUGGGUCAGUUACAGACAUGAAGCUUUAGCUAAAAAGGUUGUUGGUGGUUGGAAGAAUGUGGUCAGAUUCUGUGAAGAAAUGAAGAUUCGGCCAGAGAUUCUGUUCUACGAAGCUGUUGAAUCACCUAACGAGUGUGACAAAAGUUUAAUCAAAUAGGAAUGUGAAGGAAAUUUUAUUCAUACGUUCAAACGUUUACACACACCAAAAAGGAAAAGAAAAUUAUACACUUUUUUUUUGUGUUCUCAAGUCGCAGAAUGACUAAACGUUUCGUCUACAGCACUAAGGUUGACUACUUUAUUGUUA